AAACUUGUUAUUGUUUAUGGAGCGAUGGCUGUCAUUGAGUGUUAUAUUAGGCACCAUCGAAAAUUUAAUGAAAUCAAGGUUUAUGUCUUUUAAGAAAUGAAAUUAUUUUCGUGAAUCAUGUAUAUAUUAUACAAUUGCUCGUUAGUUAUAAGUGAAAUAAUUAUAUAUGGGUGUAUAGAACACUAUAAUCAUGUUGAGUGAAAAAGUGAUUUGAGUUGGACGAUGGCGUCUGACGGUGAAAUUUUGUGUACGAAUGAUCCUAAUUUUGCUGUUAUUUAUUCGUUUUUAAAAGUAUUCGGAAAGUUGUACGGCUUAGUGGUGCCUAGUAUAACUAAAUUGCAGGAUUACAUCGAAGACACGCAGGAAGUCGCGGAACCGUUGAAAGAUCUACAUUUGAGACUGCUACGUCGCGCUCAAAAAUCUGUUUUGAGCAGCAGAUGGGAGAAGUGUCUGAUAAAAUUCUGUCACCAACAAAGACAUCAUCAAGAGGCGUGGGAAAUCGAAAGAUUCACAUACAAGAAAGCUAGCACACAAGUAAAACUAAAAGUAUUAAAGAUAUUACUAGAGUAUCAAUUCACAUGUCACCUAAAAUUCAAAACUGCAGUCAAUGCAAUAUCCUGCAAGGAACUGCGCUUAGAUCCAAUAGGAAGAGACAAGAAUGGCUGUGUGUAUUGGUUGGAAGUUGACCAUGAAGCAAACUUGUGUCUGUAUAAAGAAGACCAGGAUGAGGAGACAUGGCAACUAGUGGCUAGGAACAGAGAAGAAUUGGCCAAUGUAAUAUCUAAAUUAAAAGGAGGGGAAGAUGUGUGUCCUUUGAAUAUAUUGAAUACACAAGAAGAUUCUAGUAGCACCCCGGAAGCAUCUCAACCUGAGAAAGAAAAGCCUGAAUCCCAUGAAGAAGAAAAUGAGGAAGAGUUCCUCAGUCCAGAAUCUGAAACAGAUGCAGAAACGGAUGAUAAAAAUGAUGAAGAAGAAAAUGAUGAAAAAUGUAUAACAGAAGUAGAAAAAGAUAAAACUGCAGAAGUAGAAAAAGAUAAAACUACAGAAGUAGAAAAAGAUAAAGGUACAGAAGUAGAAAAAGAUAAAAGUACAGAGGUAGAAACUUCAAAGAGCAAUGAAGAAUUUAGUAUUGUAACAGAAGAAAAUGUUGAGUCCACUAAUGAAGAAGUUAACCAAGAACAGAAAGAAGAACCUACUCCCGAGGAACAAUUUCGAGAAGUAAAUGAGGCUCAUCCUCCAGAAGAAUCCUCAAAUUCAGAAGAGUUUCCAAAGGAGACUGUAGAUGAUAUUGUAGAAAAAGAACUUAUAGAAAAAUCUGAAAAAGAACAACAAGAAGAUGAUAGAAACCUAGAAAAUAAAGAAGAAGUUGGAGAGACCAUUGAAGAACCAGUUAUGGUAAUUACUGGUGAAGGUAACGGAGCAGAUUGUGAAGGUUUAUGUGAAGAACUCAAGUAUUUUAGUGAAGAGGAUUCGGAUUAUGAUAAAAUAUAUUCUGAUAUAGUUGACUGUAUAGACAGACAUAGUGAUUUUGAUAGCUCAUACUUUUAUGGAGAUGAAAUAGUAGAAGAAUUUAUGUAUUUUUAUGGGGAAGGUUCAGGUUUCGAUAAUUGCACUGGUAACCCUGAGGUCGAACAUACUAACAGUGCAGAAGACAACACCGACAUUGACGAAGAUGCAGAAGAAUGUGUUAACGGUGAACAUGAAGAUAAUUCUAGUGAUACUAAAAUAAGUAAAGAUGUAAAUUUAAAAAGUUGUGUACCCUCAUUGACUAACAGAUCUCUGAAGAAACAAUCUAAUGAUACCGCUGAAGUAUUAAAAUCUGACCCUAAGAAACAUUGCAUUAGAGAUUUAGAAAAACCUGAUAUUUCUGAUACAGUACCUAGUGAAAACAGUGCUAACACAAAUAUAAACGAAAAUAAUGAUACUGAAAAUGUUACUAAAGACAGCAUUAAGAAAGUGAAAGGUAGAAAUAAGUUUAAAAAGAAAGCUGGGCUUAGGAAAUCAAGCAUAAAAGAAAGUAUAAGUUGUGUUCCUGAAACUGACAAUGGACAUGAUGUUAAAUCAAGUAUCAUUGAAAAGAGGAAAAACAGUGUGUCAUCAGAAGAUCAAGAGGGCAAUACUGACAAUGAACGGGACAAAAGUCCAGAAAAAGGGGAAAAAGCGGAAGACGAUUUACCUACAAAAAAAUUACGCUUAGAAAUGACACCAGAAACUGAUGGAAAUAUAACACAUUCCAAGGAAAACGAAUCGGAUAGUAUAAAUAACAGUAUAGAAAAAGACAGUAUAAAUUCUAUAAGCCAGCGGAAGAAGAUAAAAGCUAUAAAAGGAAAAUUUAAAAGGAAAAUAAAAAUUAAAAAUAGCACUGUAAAUAAAUCUGAAGAGGAUAGAAAGGUUAGUGAUAAAAAGGGUAAAUCAUUAAAGAGAUCGAUCUUGGAAGCUACAAUCAGUGAUAAAGACAAAACAGAAUCUCAGAGUGACAGUGAUGAAGACAUACCAGUUGCUAGUGGUAAAAGAUUGAAGACGAAACCAAAAAAACUUAUCAAAUCUACGAGAAAGAAAGUAGAAGCGAAACUGUUGGAAAAACAUUCUAGUGAUGAAUCAGAUGAAGAAACUCUAUACAGCUUAGCUGGCAAGAAAUCGCCUCGUAAAAUUGUUAAAAAGAAAUUGAAAAUUAAAGACAAACAGAAGGCCACCAAGUCCAAAUCCCGUGGCGGUUCUGAUGACGAUGACGUGACUCCAGUGAGACAGUCCAGGCGCAUAGCUCAGCAGAAGAUCAAAGAAGAGGCAGAGAGAAGGCACCAAGAGGAGGUGGCAUUGCGAGAACUCAAAUUAAUACACAAGAAGAAGAAGGAAGAUGAAGACGAAGAGGAGUGGGUGGCGAGUGACGUCAGCAGCCCUCGUGUGAGACGCUGGUCGGGCUCCGCGUCCGACGAGCCCAGCCCCGACUCCGACUCUGAUGAACCACUCUUCGACCAGCCCCCAGAAGAACCUGACUUGAAUUUCGACAAAUCUGACCACGAGUUCUCACCUGAAUCCGACUUGGAGAGCGGAGAACCCGUCGAACCCACGAAAAGGGCAAGGACGUUACAAGAAGGUCAAGACGAAGGGUUCUGCAAGCGGUGCGGCAGCGGGGAGCAGCCCGAGUGGAUCCUGCUGUGCGACCGCUGCGACGCCGGCUACCACGCCAGCUGCCUCAAGCCCAUGCUGUUCGUGGUGCCCGAGGGAGACUGGUUCUGUCCUCAGUGCAACCACGAAAAACUAAUAGAAUCAUUAGAACUUGAAUUAGUGAAGUACGAUGAACUGAUGGUACUAGUCGAAGAGGAAAGGGCCAGAAAGAAGGCGGAACUGAAAGAGAAAGCGGUAGCGGACGCUGAAGCGGGAGCGGUCCGCGAGUCCGACAAGCGGCCGGACAAGCGGGACCAGGACUCGGAGUCGGAGGAGAGCAGCAGCAGCUGGUCGUCGUCGUCGUCGGGCGCCGUGUACCGGCUGCGGGCGCGCCGCCAGCUGCCCGUCAGCUACCGGAGUCAGGAGUACGACAGGCUCAUCUCCACUGCCAUUAAGGAGGAGUACGUGGAGCCGACCACGAGCGCCGGGAACCAGGGUCGGGGGAAGGACAUCUCCACCAUCAUCGAAGCUGCCGAGGAAGAGAAGCUGAAGGCAGAGCGCGAGGCUGUGGAGCAGGGUAAACCUUUAGAAUCGAAGAAGAUGAAGAGGAAACAGCGCCGCAAGCCGAGGAAGCUGAACUCGCUCGACGUGCCCUCGGAGGACGACGACGAAACCGACGAAGACUUCAAAGAUGUCGGCAUGGAAUCCUCGUCAGAAGAGAUAUCGUCGUCGGCUGAGAGGGAGUCGACCGAAUCUCGUUCGUCGGACUCACUGCCGAUCAGAAGAACCGGUAGAACUGAUAAGAAAGAACGUCCGAAACUGGUGGAGUCUUCUCCCGAAGUGAAGAAGAAGAAGAAGGGAGUGUUCACGGACAGCUCCAGUGAGGCCGCCGAGCACAAGGAGUGGAAGGCUAAGAAAAAAUCGAAAGAGAAGCGUCGCGACCGUUCCAAGGGCGGCAAGAGUCGCAAGCGGCGCGGCAGCGGCGGGCGGGGCUCGGCGCGCGUGCUGUACGGCGGCCUGUCCGACCACGAGCCGGGCGCGCCCGCCGCACGCACGCGGCACCGCAAGAUCGACUACACAGAGAUGCCCAACACAGAGUCCGAGGAGGAGAUGCACAAGUCGAGCGGCAAGCACAUGCCGGACAGCUCGGACGAGUUCAAGCUGGAGGACUCGGAGGCGUCGUCGGACUCCGGGGACGACUCCCGCAAGCAGAGGGCGCUGGCCGACCUCAUCCACAAGACCGCCGUCGUGCCCAUCGAGAAGCUGCCCGACCACGUCGCCAAGGCCAAGGCCGAGGAGCUACAGAACCACCUCAGCGCGCAGCUGGCGGGCGGGGUGCGGGCGGCGCGGGGGCGCGGGGGGCGGGGGGCGCGCGGCUCCAGUGGUGUGCGGCGCAGGGGCGCGGGGCGCGGGCGGCGGGGGCGCGGCGCGGCGGCGGACGCACACACGGACGAGGCGCUCGCCAAGCUCGUCGGCGUCAAGAUCAAAGAGCUCGGCCAAGACGGAACACCGCUUCGACCGAAUCAAAUUGAACGCGAGAGGAAGCGACAAGAACGCGAAGCGAAACAGGCCGAGAAAGAAGCGAAACGACUCGAGAGGUUACAGAAGAGAGAAGAAAAGGAGAAACUGAAAGAACAGAAAGCCAAGGAGAGGGAAGAGAAGAAACAAGCGAAACUAGCUCUACAAGAAAGUAAAAGGCUAAAGAAGGAGAAUCAAAUGAGCAUGGGAUACGGGAUGCAGGUCGGGCCCGGCGCGCCCGACGUGCAGCGCAUGGGCCCGUACGGCGCCGCGCCCGCCCCGCGCCCGCCCGCCCCGCCGCGCCUGCAGGUCCGCGCGGAGUUGCGGGGCUUGCUGUCGGCCGAGGAGCGCCCCGCGCCGCUGCACGCGCACCCCUCGCUGUCCGAAGGUACAUUGUCGGUGGCCGGCUCCCCGCAGCCGUUCAAGCCGGUGUCUGAAGAGCCUAGUGUUAUCACGAGAAUGCCGCAUAUGAUAAACCAGUUUAGGAACCAGAUGAUGUACGGAGGCGGCGGUCCCGCGUACGGUCCGCGCGGGCAGGGCGCGGUGUACAUGCAGGGCGCCGCACGCUUCCCGCCGCGCUACUACCCGGGCCCCGCGCCCCCCGCCUACCUGCCGCCCCCCGGGCCCCUCAACUACGCGCGCGGGCCCCCGCACCCGAUGCCGCCGCGACCGCUCGAUGUCCGAGCCCCAGCGCACAAUUUGGAAUCUCGAGUCCCGCCGCAUCAUUCUUCAGAUACCCGCGUUCCUCCAAAUCAUGCUUCAGAACUACGCGGAUCACCACAUCGUGGUCCAGAUUUACACGGACCUCCACAUCGAGGCCCGGAAGCGCGCGGACCUCCACAUCAUGGCCCCGAAAUGCGAGCCCUACCCAACCAUGGACCCGAAAUGCGCGGUCCCCCUAACCAUGGACCCGAAAUGCGCGGUCCCCCUAACCAUGGACCCGAAAUGCGCGGUCCCCUUAAUCAUGGACCCGAAAUGAGAGGUCCACUUACUCAUGGACCCGAAAUGAGAAGUCCCUCUAAUCACGGGCCCGAAAUGAGAGGUCCUCCUAACCACGGGCCUGAAAUGAGAGGUCUCGCUAACCACGGGCCUGAAAUGAGAGGUCCCUCUAACCAUGGGCCUGAAAUGAGAGGUCCUCCUAACCAUGGGCCUGAAAUGAGAGGUCCCCUUAAUCAUGGACCUGAAAUGAGAAGUCCACCUAAUCAUGGACCCGAAAUGAGAAGUCCCCCUAAUCAUGGGCCCGAAAUGAGAGGUCCCCCUAACCAUGGGCCUGAAAUGAGAGGUCUCCCCAACCACGGGCCUGAAAUGAGAGGUCCCUCUAACCAUGGGCCUGAAAUGAGAGGUCCCCCUAACCAUGGGCCUGAAAUGAGAGGUCCCCCUAACCAUGGGCCUGAAAUGAGAGGUCCCCCUAACCAUGGGCCUGAAAUGAGAGGUCCUCCUAACCAUAGGCCUGAAAUGAGAGGUCCCCUUAAUCAUGGUCCCGAAAUGAGGGGUCCCCUUAAUCAUGGACCCGAAAUGAGGGGUCCCCCUAAUCAUGGACCCGAAAUGAGAGGUCCCCCUAAUCAUGGGCCCGAAAUGCGACGUCCUCCUACUCUUGGUCUGGAAGUGCGCGUGCCUCCACAUCACGGUCAUGACGUACAUGGACCUCCGCACCACGGGCCGGACGCUCGUGUUCCUCCACAACAUGCAUCAGAUGCACGAGUGAAUCAGCACCUGGGUCUAGAUGUACGUUUGCCUCCGCAUCUUAGUUCUGAUGCCAGAGUACCGCCACAUCACGGUCCAGAUACUCGUGUACCUGCACAACACGCUCCAGACGUGCGAGCUCCUCAUCACGGACCAGACCUACGUAUACCUCCACAUCUUGGCUCGGAGGAACGAGUGCCUUCACAACAUGGUGCUGACUUAAGAUUACCUCCACAUCAUGACCCAGAAUCUCGUUUGCCUGUACAGCAUGGGCCCGAUACACGAAUACCUCCACAUCACGUCCCUGAUACACGGAUACUAGCACAUCACGCCCUAGACUCAAGAAUACCCCCACAUCACGCUCCAGACUCAAGAAUACCUCCACAUCACCCUCCAGACUCAAGAAUACCUGCACAUCACGCUCCAGAUUCAUCAAGAGUUUCCUCACAUCAUAUACCUGAAUCACAGGUUCCUCCACUUCACGCUCCAGAAGCACCGUUACCGACACACAGUGCCCCAGAAUCUCGCGCGCCGCCGCACCACGCGCCAUCCAUACCGCUCCAUCCGCUAGACUCGCGGGUUCCACCGCAUCUCUUAGACUCUCGCGUUUCUCCGCAUUCAAUGAACUCACGCGUGUCGCUGCACGCAAUGGAUUCCCGCAUUCCACCCCAUCAUUUGGAAUCGCGCAUUCCACCAGUCCCGUCACCGCACGGACCUGGAUUCAAUCCGGCGAGACUCAGCGUGUCACCCGCGAAUCAAAGCAUGCAGACCACAAAAUCGAGGAGUCCCUCCGCGGGGCCUAGACCCUCGACCCCUGGAUCGGAAGCGUCUAAAAGCGCCGGACCUACGCCGCCGCCCGCCACGCUCGGGGCCUCCUCUCCUGCCGCGCCAGUCGUUGAUCCCUUCAUUCGGAUAAAAGCCGAAGUUAAAACCGAACCGGAGUAUCGAUCACCAGUGGGAUCACCGGCGCCGGCCUCGCCCGGACCAACGCCGGAGCCGCUGCGGCAUCCUAAGAUAAAACAUACGGAGAACAAGGACCGGCGACCGCGACACCCGCUGGGCCCGUACGCGCCGCAGUACGGACCGUACGGGCCGUACGCGCCGGGGCCGCUGCCGCGCGGCUUCGUGCCGGAAUACGGCGCGCCGGUCCGGGCCGCGCCGCCGGACCCGGACGGCGGGGAGUUCGGCGGCCUCGUCAGCUACUUCUCGAGCCAGCAAGAUGCUGACAUCGACUCCUAGCGCGCGCGGCCUCCGAGUCUGCGUUGUAUUAUUUUUUGGUUAUGUUAUAAGUGAGAUUUAUUUAUACACAAAAGGAGAUAGGUACUUACUGUAUACUCUGUAAUACGAAUUUUAUUAAAGAAAAAAGAUAUUACUAUUAUUUUGCAAUUAAAUGUUUUCUUCUGUA